CGCGUGCCCGCUAAUUCGAGACAUCCUUCAGCUCAACAGAACGAAAUUCUCGCGGUACCUAGCGACGAAUAAUCACAGUCGUCUCCAGGAGUACCAGGUCAUUGGGCGCCACUUGCCCACCGAGUCCAACCCGACUCCUGCCCUCUACCGCAUGCGCAUCUUCGCGCCCAAUGCGGUCGUUGCUAAGUCCCGCUUCUGGUACUUCCUUCGCGGUCUCCGCAAGGUCAAGAAGGCUACUGGCGAGAUCGUCACCUGCAACGUGAUCACCGAGAAGCACCCCCUGAAGGUCAAGAACUUCGGUGUUUGGAUCCGCUACGACUCCCGCUCUGGCACCCACAACAUGUACAAGGAGUACCGUGAGCUCUCCCGCACCGCCGCUGUCGAGGCUCUCUACUCCGACAUGGCUGCUCGCCACCGUGCCCGCUUCAGGUCCAUCCACAUCCUCAAGGUCGUUGAGCUCGAGAAGACCGAGGACAUCAAGCGCCCCUACCUCAAGCAGCUUGUUACCAAGAAGCUCUCCUUCCCUCUUCCCCACCGCGUCCCCAAGAUCUCCAACAAGAAGAUCUUCAGCGCCAAGCGCCCCGCUACCUUUGCUUAAGCGUUUAUUAUCGUGGCUGGGAUUGGGAGGUUCAGGUUUUCAUCACGGGAAAUGGGAUAUCCUGCAUUGCUCCCUAGAACGAGCAUGAAUGAAUAAAUGGUCAAGCAUGUGGUUGGUUUUCGUUCUGCAAGUCGAUCCUGCAUCCACCCUAG